GGUGGCGAAAAUGCGCUAAUACUUUAACAAUAUCUCGAUUUUUGAACUCUUUGACUUUGACGUACCCAGCCUACUUUACACUCACUUUUAUGGUACCUACAUUCUCUACUUAGACAGGAACCUUUUUUUUUUCUCCGUCUUGCCGUCCUUGCCGCCCUUGCCUUGCCUGGUCACGUGUCAUACAGACUAGGAAUACUCUAGCACGACAGCCCCACUGUGGGACAGCCAGUGGUGACGACCCGCGUACCUGCCUGGAGCUUCCAAUUGUCAAGGGAACACAGCGCAGAGCUUCGAUUCAACUUUCUCCUACCAACCCGACGACGACGCCGCUCAGCCAACCUCGACGACCUAGAACCGACCGAGACGCAGCAUAUCGUAGCUGGGCCGCCCACCUGCCAGCCGACCAGGCACCGCCCACCACACCGGCCCCCGCCGCCCACAAUGCCCACGACGACGGCCGAGACACUAUCACUGGUGACGCGGAACGUCUCGGUGGCUCCGCUGGUCCUGCUGUCCGUCGUCGACCACUACAACCGCGAGGCCACCCAUAAGACCAAGAACAAGCGCGUGGUCGGCGUGCUAUUAGGCCAGAACGACGGCAAAGAUGUCCGGGUAUCAAACAGCUUCGCAGUCCCCUUCGAGGAGGACGAGAAGAACCCGUCUGUCUGGUUCCUGGACCACAACUACAUCGAGUCCAUGAACGGCAUGUUCAAGAAGGUCAACGCCCGCGAGAAGCUAAUAGGCUGGUACCACUCUGGCCCCAAGCUGCGCGCCUCGGACCUGGAGAUCAACGAGCUCCUGAAGCGCUACACACCAAACCCGCUGCUGGUCAUUAUUGAUGUCCAGCCCAAGGAGGCUGGUGUGCCGACCGACGCCUACUUUGCCGUUGACGAGAUCAAGGAUGACGGCACGACUACCUCGAGGACUUUUGUCCACACCCCGUCAGUUAUCGAAGCGGAGGAGGCAGAGGAGAUCGGCGUGGAGCACUUGCUGCGCGACAUCCGGGACGUGGCUGUGGGAACCUUGUCUACACGGGUUACGAACCAGAUCCAGUCGCUGCAGGGCCUGCACCUGAGGCUUAGGGACAUCCAGGCGUACCUGCAAAAAGUGCUGGAUGGCCAGUUACCCGUCAACCACGCCAUCCUAGGCAACCUGCAGGACGUCUUCAACCUGCUACCCAACCUCUCGACACCGUCGGGCAAGUCGGGCGCCACCGGCACUAAGGCCGACGGCGGCCUGCCGUACGCCAUGAGCGUCAAGACCAACGACCAGCUCAUGGCCAUCUACCUGAGCAGUCUGAUCCGCGCUAUCACCGCUUUCCACGACCUGAUCGAGAACAAGAUCCAGAACCGCCAGCAGCAGGAGGAGAAGGACGGUGAGUCCUCCCCCGGUAAGGACGGGGACAAGAAGGACGGCACCGACAAGUCCUCGAACGGCGUCAAUGGUGACAAGGAUGGUGGGGACAAGGACAAGGACCAGUCGAAAGAGAAGAAGUAAAUCAGGAAGGCGGGGGAGAUGAAAACUAAAGCGCUGAGCCGGUGGCACGGCUUGGGGAAGCAGGAAUGAGGCGAUAUUAAUGCGCCGUAGUGGGAGGUCGAACAACGGUGCGUGCCACGAUAGAUGACCUUCAACACAUGACGAACCAAGCUCCGGCGUAUUAUGAGAUAGUGAACCUCGUAGCCGAGAGUGGUAAAGGAGCUGGAGCGAGCAGCAAUACCCCAUUACCUACUCGCCGCUUUGGCGAAGAGAUGCACGGCUGCAGGAUAGUGUGCUUUGAAAAAUAACGCCCAGGCAUGUGCUUGGUGCCUACCGACCUCGUGAAUGGCACUUCUAUAGCUCAGAUUCCCGCCAUGAUGCCAGCCAGCUCCUCCCUCGACACGCACCUCGCCGCCACACAGCGUCCCGCGACUGGCCAUCUGUCGGCGAGCAGGCAGGCCAGCAGGUGCUUGCAGCACGGCACUCCCCGGACCUCGACCAGGCCGCCGCCGCCGUCGUCGUCGUCGCCGCCGCUCCCGUGGCCGAGCUGCUGCUCCCGCCCGUCAAUACUAAGCCCCCCAAACUCCCAGCCGCCACCACCGUCCUCCAGCCCGCCGCCGCCCGCGCCAGCGCCCGCGCCCGCGCCCGAGCCCGAGUCCCGAGGAUCCCGUCCGCCGCCGUCCCCGGAAAAGGCAGAGAAGGCAAAGGCGGCGCACGAGCAGCUCCAGGCGCCAAGGCGCACCGCGUACGCCGGGUCCGGGACGUUGGCCUUGGACGACGACGACGAUGACUUGUUGUUGUUGUUGUUGUUGUUGUUGCGGCGGCGGCGGGCCGUGGCGGCGGAGCGGACGUGGUACGCCACGUUCUUGCCAGCGGCGGCGUCAGUAGCGUCGUCGGUGGUCUCCAUCUCGAGCCGCGACACCAGGCCGCGGUCGAGCAGGUCCAGGGCCGCGAGGAGGAUGGUGGGGAACAGGGCGUGCAGAGUCGUCAGGAGCGGCCGGUAGGCGACGCCCGCGCUGCCGAGGAGAAGGUCGCCGCCACCGCCCGCGGCUGUUUUUUGGCGGGGGCGGCGAAGCAGGGCGGGGUUAGCGGCUUCGUGCGCACUGUCGUCCUCGGCGGCGGAGGAGGAUGAGGACGAUGAGGGGGAGUGUUGGUCCGCGGGUUCGGGCGGCGGGAUGGACGAGAGGGAGUUUAUGAGGGACGUGAGCAUUUGCCGCGGCGUGGGCAGCGGCGGCGGAAGUGUGGGCUCCAUGCCUGUAUCAUGAACGCAUGAAUUGGACGGGAAUGACAACUGUCUCUUGGGUAUGUUGAUUGGAUGUAGUUGUCGUGAUAGAGGGGGGAUGUGGGUUUGUUAGAGAAGUAGCAAGUUGAGUUUAAAUAUCUUGGUUGAACGCAGUUGAUCAUCACAGAUAGCCGGCCUUUCAAUAAACGCAAAACACCACUUGAUCAACUUGCUCAUUUAUUAUAAAUGCUGGACUAUAUACUAUGGCCCUCUUUGAUACAGCACACUGCGUGAACAAGACAGGAAUCCAUCCUUUUCCAGAUGGCGUCGUCUGCCUCUACAC